AUCACAAAAAGUCUUUAUAUCUCUCUCUCUCUUUUUAAUCUACGUCUAGUUGUUCAUGAUAAACUGAGUUAGCUCUUAUGUACAAGUCUCCAACUCCCAAAAAUCAACUCCAUGGCUGCACCCAUGUUCUUAGCUUUUCUUCUCUUCAUUUUUGGUAUUGUUGUGCCUUCUCAAUCCAUUGAUUUCAUCUACGAUGGAUUCAACCAAACAAACCUUAUUCUAGAUGGAUUUGCUAGAAUCAUCCCAUCAAGUGGAGCUCUUGAGCUUACUAACAAAUCUUCUGCUAAUGUCAUAGGUCAUGCAUUCUAUCCCGGCCCAAUACACUUGUUCACCAAAAAUUCUUCUUCUGUUAACUCUUCUAAUUCCUUUAGUACGUACUUUGUUUUUGCAAUAGUUCCCAAAGAUGUCAACCACGGAGGCGGCUAUGGCUUCGCCUUCACUAUAUCUCCUUCACCGCAAUUUCCUGGUGCUGAAGGGGAUCACUUCCUCGGAAUUUUCAACUCAACAAAUGAUGGGAACCCCUCAAACCACAUCUUUGCUAUUGAUUUCGACACUGUUGAUGGGCACAAAGAGGCACCAGAUACCCAAGGCAACCAUGUUGGAAUCAACAUCAAUAGCAUGGCCUCAGUUGCAUCCGAGCCGGCUUCUUAUCGUUUUAGUCCUACACCUAUAAAGGAAGACGUGUGGUUGGAGAGUGGAAAUCCAAUCCAAGCCUGGAUAGAGUAUGAUGGUGAAAAAGGAGUUGUGAAUGUAACCAUUUGGCCUGAAUCAGUACCAAAACCAACUACACCACUCAUCUCUUAUCCCACCAACCUAUCUGCUGUUCUUAAGGAGAAUGUGUACAUUGGAUUCUCCGCGGCCACUGGAAAUAGAUCGAGUUCUCAUUACAUCCUCGGAUGGAGUUUUCGUUUGAAUGGAAGGGCUGAUGAACUUGAUCUUUCUUGGCUUCCUAGACCGCCAAAUGAAGGAAAGUCUUCCUCUUUCAAACCCCAAAUUAAGGCACUCAUUGCUAUUACCUCCACUGUGAUCAUUUUCCCGUUGGGGGUUUUGAUUCUUGUUGUGAUAUACCGAAGGAGAAGGCAGUACUCUGAAAGUAUUGAGGAUUGGGAGUUGGAGUGUCCUCACAGAUUUCGAUAUAAAGAUCUAUAUGAAGCCACCAAGGGAUUUAAAGAGAGUGGGAUACUAGGAGUUGGAGGCUUUGGUGCUGUGUACAAGGGUGUGUUACCCACUACAGGAGCUGAGGUUGCAAUAAAAAAGAUAUCAAAUGAUUCAGUACAAGGAGUAAGAGAAUUUGCCGCGGAGAUUGAAAGCUUGGGAAGGCUAAGGCACAAGAACCUUGUGAACCUUCAAGGUUGGUGCAAAAGAAAGAAAGAUCUCCUCCUAGUCUAUGACUAUGUCCCAAAUGGAAGUCUUGGUUCUUUGCUAUUCAACCCUGAAACCAACUUCCUACUCAGCUGGGACCAAAGAUACAAUAUCCUUAAAGGCAUAGCCAGUGGACUAUUGUAUCUCCAUGAAGAGUGGGAGAAAGUUGUCAUACAUCGCGACGUGAAGUCCAGUAAUGUUCUGAUUGAUGCUGAGAUGAAUGGUCGCUUGGGAGAUUUUGGACUAGCAAGAUUGUGUGAUGGUGGAAUACUCUCACACACUACCAGUGUUGUGGGUACCAUAGGGUAUAUUGCACCUGAAUUGGCUCAAACUGGCAAGGCCUCUACGAGCUCUGAUGUCUAUGCAUAUGGUGUUCUGCUCCUUGAAGUAGCUUCUGGUAGAGGACGUAUUGUUAGUGAUCCAGAUGGGGAUAGCUUGACAUUGGCGGAUUGGGUGAUUGAAUGUCUUCAAAUGGGUAGAAUUCUUGAUGCUGCUGAUCCUAAGUUGAGCUCCAAAUUUGUGGUUGAAGAGAUGGAAAUGGUUUUGAGACUUGGCCUAGUUUGUUCUCACCUAAAAGCAGAGGCUAGACCUACCAUGAGAGAAGUCACGCGCUACCUUGCUGGGGAGGAAUCCCUUCCAAUAUUAGAUAAAUUGACCUCCUUUGGUUCUCGACAGGCUAAUGAAUAUGCAUCCACAUUUCUGGAAGUGAUUUCAACUGAUACAAGCAUAACAUCACAUUGUUCAUCAUCAUAAAUAAGAAGGUUAGAUGUCUUCUAAUUCUUUAGAAACUGGAAGAGUUUGUUUCAAACUCCUUUUUCCUUCAACUUUGUUUAUUUGGUUCUUGUUGGGAUUGAAUCAACUUUCAUUUGUGAAGAUUAUCUCCCAUUCUGAUUCUGUUUGUAAAUGUAUAAUCUCUUUGUUCAUUAGUGUUGUCAGUUUUCUUUCAGGCUUUCCAAUUGUUUGAGUCAGCAUUUAGCAACGAGUUGUAAUUUGUUAGACUUACGGGGCCUGUUUGGUUCAUAAACUAAACCAAACAGUCCUACUUGUCCAAAAACUGGAAUAUCUUUUGAAAUGUCUCAAAUUGAA